AUGAAGAAUUUAUCAAAUGCUAAAUUUCCAGAAGCAAAAGACACAUUCUCUAUAGUUUUGUUGGCUCUUGUGGAUGCUCACUGUAAUUUUAUUGCUGUUAAUGUAGGGGCAUAUGGCAAGAGUAGCGAUGGAGGUGUUUUUGCUAAUUCAAAUUUAGGUAAAGCACUUCAUCGUGGAUCAUUGAAUAUUCCAGAUAAUUUGACCAUACCCAACACAGAUACACAAGUCCCAUAUGUAAUUGUAGGUGAUGAGGCAUUCCCUCUAAAACCUUACUUGAUGCGACCUUAUCCAGGGGACAAAUUAGAUGACCGAAAGCGCAACUUCAAUUACCGUUUGAGUCGUGCCAGGAGGACAUCAGAAAAUACAUUCGGUAUACUUACGCAAAAAUUUAGACUCUACAAUAGACGAAUUCAGGCAUUUCCAAAACAUGUAGAUUACAUAAUUUUGGCCACUUGUUUACUACAUAAUUUCAUUAAAAAAUACGAUUCGUAUACGUACAAUUACGUAACUCAACAAGCGGAUAGAAGUAACGGUCAUACACUACAACAUUUAAAUUUGCAAGGAGGGAACGCAACGACAGACGCAUUUCGUGUUAGGGAAGUAUUCACUGAAUACUUUAAUUCUGAGGUUGGGUCUCUACCUUGGAUAUAA